AUGUCUAGACCACACACCAGAGUUUGUGCUUCCUGGUUGCUGUACUUUUUCCUGGGGGCAAUCGUCCAAAGUGCUCCACUUUCCAACGAUCCUGCAGAGAUCACCGACUUUUAUGCGUUGUUUAACAAUCCUGAUGCACAUUUGACUUUGACCGAUGGCCCUGAAACCACUUAUUUUAUCGAGGAGCAUGGUUACCCAGCGGAGCGGCAUUAUGUUCAGACCGAAGAUGACUACAUAAUCAGCCUCUUCCGCAUUCCCUACUCCCAUAACCUGAGGAACCAGGAUGAAAAGAGACCCAUUGCCUUCAUACAGCACGGACUCUUUGGCAGCUCCGAUGGAUGGCCUGUUUUGGGCCCCAAUGAUGGACUUCCCUUCCUGCUUUCCGAUGCCGGAUAUGAUGUUUGGAUGGGCAACGCUCGGGGAACCAGAUACUCGAGAAACCACACCACCCUCUCCACAAAACACCCGAACUUCUGGCGCUUCAGUUGGCACGAGAUCGGGUACUAUGACAUCGCCGCUUCCAUCGAUUAUACCUUGUCCACGGAGAAUGGAAAGGGUCAGGAGGGCAUCCACUAUGUGGGUCACUCACAGGGCACAACGGUUAUGUUCGUCCUGAUGUCCUCCAGACCGGAAUAUAACAAGAAGAUCAAGACGGCGCAUAUGCUGGCUCCAGUGGCCUUUAUGGACCACAUGGACGACUUCAUGGUCAAUACACUGUCUCCCUAUUUGGGCUUUAACAAUGCAUACUCGACGCUUUUCUGCUCCCAGGAGUUUUUGCCCCACAACGACUUCGUUCUAGCCCUUAUGUAUAGUGUUUGUCUCCCAGGAUCGAUUGUUUCCAGCUUUUGCAGCAGCAGUGAUGAGACAUCUGGUGAGCUGGGGAGAACAAAUACGACCGCCAGUUCCUUGACAUUUGGUUUGUCACCCGCUGGUGUGUCCACAGAUCAAAUCCUUCACUACAUGCAAGAACAUCAAUCAGGACACUUCCGGCAGUUUGACUUUGGCACCAAAAAGAACCUUAAGAUGUACGGAACCGAAACUCCCCACGAUUAUCCCACCGAGCUGAUUACAACUGAAAUGCACCUUUGGUAUUCGGAUAACGAUGAGAUGUCUGCAGUUGAGGAUGUUUUAAGGGUGGCGGCAACUUUGCCCAACAAGGUGAUGCACCAUAUGGAGGAUCCACUGUGGGACCAUAUGGACUUUCAGUACAACUGGGAGGUGCGACAGUUAAUCAAUAACCCGAUUAUAGCCAUCAUGAACGAGUACGAGGCAAAGUGAUACAGACGGAGUCCAAUUGUUUAGUAUAGUUUAAGUGAUAAUUGCACAUAUUUAAUUUAUGUUUGCGUAAAUCCUAACAGUACCUAUCGUAUCUUAUCAUUAACGGAUGCAGUUCAGACAUUCUCAAAAAGGCACACUUCAUAAUUAGAAAUCAGUGAUCGGAGUUAUACUUAAUGCUCGACACUGGACUACUACCAUAUUCAUUUUAAGUUCAUUAGAUCCUUGCCAACUUCUGUUAUCAAAAAUACUUUUCCCAAACACAAGUAGAGUUAAUAAAUUAUACAACUACCACUCUUUAAA